AUGCUCUCUCUCCCAUCUCUCGCCCCACGCGACUCCCACGAACUCUGGUUUGGCACUCCCCGGUCGCACUCUGAACAAACAGAUCCGGCCAACCCCUUCGCGCGCCGCAGUGCAGGCCCAUCAAGUCACCGCGCUUUUCUCCCAUCGCGCUCCCCGAGCAACACGCUCGCCGCCCUCGCCGCGGAAGAACGCAGGCUUCGCUCGAGAAAACUGAAUAUAGCCUCCUUCGGAUACUCCUGGAUCAGACCGGCAGGAUGUCCGAAAACAAUGCUCGGGAUGAAGGAAGAGGAGGCGGAGCGCGAAGAGGCCAUGCAGGCGGCCGCGGCGGAGAUGGAGGCCGCUGAAGGAGGCAUGAUGGAUGAUACCACACACCCGGAAGAGGAGGGGAUGGAACGGGAUCUAGACGAGGAAAUCCCCAACGCCGAGGAAGAGCCUUCGGGCCUCAUUGAAGAAGGAGAGGAAGGGCUCGAGGAGGAAGGAGAGUACAUGGAACGGGAUUUGGAUGACGAUAUUCCCGAAGGCUUUGUCGAUGACGAGUAUGAGGGCUCAGGCCUUUAUGAUGAUGACGAUGAUGAGGACUUUGACAAUCAACCUGAUUUGGAUGCGGACAUCCCCGAAGAGAGCGAACGGGACUUGGAUGAUGAUAUCCCCGACGCAGAUGGUUCCCCGGAGGAAUGGCAGCACACGGAUAGCGAGGAGGAACUGAGUGACGAGGACGAGUCAAGCCUGGUGGAAUCAGGAACCGCUCAGCCUAGGUUCACAGAGAACUUCCGGACUAGCACGCCAAAUAGUCGGGGCGGAUUGCCUCCGCCUUUGCGCCGCGAACGAGAAACUGAAGCCCAGAGUCGCUUUAUCAAUCGUUGGAGUGGUGGAGGGGAUGCCUUUGACUCGAGCAGCAUUUUGUACAGCGAUGGAGAUCUACGCGCUUCGAUUACCAGUCAGAGUAGUCGACGCAGUGGAUUUGGACGCUUGCCGAGACAUCUCAGUGGGCCUCGUGACAGUUUGAAUUAG